CAUUGGUCUUCAGUUCACCGGAUUUUUUAGUUCAUACGUUUGACAAAUGAGACUCGAUAUUUAUCUUCACGAGGAAACAAAAGGUCAUUUUGAUAAGUUAAACAAGUGAAUGUCUCAAAGUUGAAAUUAAAUAUGAAUACAAUAAUGUCAGGACAUUGUCUGCAUGUAAAAUGUUGAUCGAUAAAUUGUUUCUUAAUUUUUAGGAAAUCAUUGUAUGAAAUAAAUCAAUGAAAAGGAACUAUGCCUGCAGUGUGUCGAUUGUGACACCAAAGAGCGAUGCAUAUAGCGCGUCUGAAAGAAUGAAAUAAACCUCAUGUGUAAAUAAGUAAUUUAUUCUCCCGAUUUGUUUACGUCGACCGUAAAGAUAUGGCCCAACCAGAUAACACUGAGGCAAACGCAUUGGCAUUUCUUCAUAAUAUAAUUGUUCGGCGUGUCUUGCGUUGCAUGCUGGAGUUUCUUGUCACACACAAUAAUCCUCACAGGACCUUAGACGAAUACAUUGAACAGAAUGGUGACCAAAUUCUGGAAUCGGAUCUUGGACGACGCCACAGACAAAUUUUAUUCCCCAGAGGACAUGCGGUAACUAUGGAUAUGUUGCCGGUAUAUCUCAUAGAGUUUCUCAUAGCACAUGAGUCAUCUUUGAUAACCCGUGAUAUCAAAGAUGUUCUUCAUGAACUCAAUCAAAAACGGAAAGAACUGUAUACGGAGAUUGUUACUGGCGUCGAUGACUCUUUCUUCAGAGGACACUUGGAAAAAGUAAAACAACUGUUGACAGCUCUUUGUCAGUUUAUGAAAAAUGGCCCGCUGACAGUUGAAAUACAAGAACAAACAGCAAAUAUUAACCAGGCUAAUGAAAACCACACCGAUGAUGUGUUGAAUGAGUUUAAACAUCAACAAGAACUGGAAAAAUCUCACAGAAAAGCUAUAACGUCGUUCAGAGAUGAAUUGCUCAGGCUGCAUAGGAUGCUUGAAAGAGACGUUAGUAUUCGCGAAGCUGACGAGCCAGGUCGUGAUUCUGAUGAACACGUGUUGCCCCCUCGACCUGAAGACAAGUACCAGCAGAUGCAAGUUCCAGAGGCUGUUAUCGAGAUUGCAGUACAAAACACUGAUCAAACCAGAAAUGUUCAAGUCGCGAGAGAUAUUGUGAAUGUAAUCAACAGUCAUGAUGAAGGUGUUGCGUCAAUAGCUGGGAAUGACAAUCGAGAGAAAAUUAGAGAUACAGUUCAACAAACGUUUUCAUACUAUGGAGAGUUUUAUGCGCGCCAAGGAUGUAUACAGAUUCGGGUAAAACCCAAAACAAUCAAGCAUUUGUUUAAAUUGUUUGAAGACUGCGUGAGUGGAGAGAUAACGAAGCAGUUAAAACCAAUUGAAGACAUAAUCCGAAGCAUACGGAAUUGCGAAAACUACAGACAGAACGCUGUUCUGUACAAUGAUCACUAUGACUCGGUGAUGAAUGAUAUAGCUUCACAAAUGUGUCGACUCUUGAGAGCCAGGGGACUAACAUUGCCAAAUGAUGACACACUACCAAAAGUCAAUUUAUCUCCCGACGGAAACAUUCUUGUAAGAGUCGCUUGCCCGUCUAUGAAUGAACGGGAUGAGUAUGCAAAUGCCAUAACAGAUGGAAAAUUCAAGUUUUUGUUCAGAACCCUUGAAGACAAUUGUCGUAACGCCUUUGAAGCUCCCGAUAUAGUGUUGAAUGCGACUGUUUUAGAGAGAACGUUGGAAGAGACAGUUUAUGUCGCAACACAGAUUGAAGUCGCAACACCCGACGCGGUUUGUGUCUCAACAAACCUGGAGAGUUUCAUGGGAAAAUGCUUAGGAAGAGGUUCUCAAGACCAUCUGCUUUUAAGAUUGGUGAGAGAUAGUGUCUUUGACUCGGCUAAACUCUUCGCAAAGUAUGCUGUCGACUUGUGGAUUUGGAAUAAAUUCUGAAGACUUGCAGAGUCUUGAGAAAGAGUCUUUAAUACCAUAUGCAGAUGCAGAUGCUAUUAUUAUUUGAAAUUAAUAAAUUUAUUUAGAAACUCUUACUUUGCAUAGGUGAUGCUAAAUAGGCAUGUUACAUCAUGUUGCAUUAAUGUACUUUACUUGAAAUAAUUGCGACACUAGUGUGCAUUGUGUAGUCAAUGACAUACGUUUAGAGGAAUAUGCAUUCUUUGACAAACUACAAAAUCGUAAUGAUAAUGUUGAUAUUUAGGUCUGCAUUUUAAAGAAAAAAAUAUAUCAAAUUUAUGUUUGAUAAAAUGAUGACGUCAUGACAUUAAGGCGUUACUGUUAUAUUAGGGGAUCGAAUACUGAAUCAUCUUUGUUCUUGGCUUUGGCCAGACUGUGUCCGGCGUAAUACGACCUAUAUCGUUUGCGUCGGCAACUUUUAGAUGAUUACCGACCUGGACGCAACAGUUUUGGAUCGAUCUUGAUGAAACUUGUUCAAAACUAUUUCACGGACAAUAUCUAAAUUACUAUGCCAAAUCUAAGAACGACCAUCUACAUCACUUUAAAAGAUGUCUGAAUGAGUUUGCAUGUAGGUCAAGUGCGGUCAACGCACAGGUUACCAGGCUACAUCUUUGAAAAAAAUGUUACCAAUAUAACAGUCAUGUUUAUUAAUUAACCUUAAUGAAACUUGAAAAAAUAUCAGCCAAGUUUGAAUCUGGAUAAAAACUAGGUCGCCAGGUAAUAUGUAUUUCAUUGCAAAUAGCUCAAGUUUUGGUGCUGAGGUAAUAUUGACUAUUUAAACAUGAUUCUCCUAUCGAAAUAAACGGCAUUUCUAAAAAUAAAUCCGUUGCGAGACUUCUUUGUGAAUUUUUGUAACCACUGAAUGAGUUAGUUUUUACACACAGAAUAUCAUCAUCAUUAUUAUUAUUGUUAGUAGUAGUAGAAGUAGUAGUAGUAGUAGUAGUAGUACUGGUAGUAGUAGUAGUAGUUGUUGUUGUUGUUGUUGUUGUUGUUUAAACGGAAAACAUAUAUAUAUCUCAUUAGGUGAUGCAUUCAUUGUUCUCGCUUGAUAACAAUAUAGGCAUAUAUACUAUUAACGCAUUUAGUAUUGAAAAUAUAUGUUAUGUUGUGUAAAUAUAUGUUAUGUUGUGUUGCAAAUAUUUAUAAACUUAUUAAGUUAUACAUUUUGUAUAUAUACGUAUUUAUUCUUCGUUUGGUUAUCAAAUAAGAUAAAAUGAAGGGACACUGGUUAAGUAUAUGAAUAUUCACGUUUUAUAAAAGAAAUCGAACUCUCGCACGUGGUGUUUUUGUUUUCCUCCUUUUUUUCUUGCCUAUGUCAUUUGUUUUGAAUGUUUGUGUAUGACCGGCAUACUGGUUUGAAAUCACUUUCUGAUUUAUCUAUGGGGACUCAGUUAUAUUUGUUUCCUUUUGUGAACAAUACAGUUUAUUUGCUCACGUUUUGUUUUGGUGGUGCAUGUUUGUAUUCCUUUUUGUUAGUUAAUAUGAAGAUACCAUAAAUGUAUUGACUGCGGAAAAUGA